AUGGCACAAGCCCUCGGCGAGUCCAUCUCGCUCAAUCUCGUCGAGUCUUUUGCACUCAAUGGACAUCGUUCGACGACGGCUCUCAAUGCAAGCACCGAUCAGGGGCCCGCGACCUUCACAGCCUACCGGUUCAUUCCCAACGUCGCCUUGUUCAGCGGCCGCAGCGAUGGAAAGCUCCUCAAGUGGUCCCACGCGCCCAAAGGUUGUCUCUUGCUGCACGGCGACGUCUUUGGCGACCAUGCAGGCGCGGUCAUGGUGCUCGAGUAUCUCGCGCUCUCGGACAAGACCGGGAUUCUCUUUAGCGGGUCGGCCGACCGCACCAUCAAGCUCUGGGACGCAACCUCGACCGCAUCCCUCGAAGCUGGCUGUGUUCAGACGUUGAAUGGUCACGGUGGCACGAUCACCGUGCUGCGAAUGGCUGGAAGCACACUCCUCAGCGGCAGCCUCGACCGCACGAUCAAAGUCUGGACACGCGAUAAGGACCGCGUGCUCUUGCGUCACCCGUGGUUCAUGUGCAUGCAAACGCUCUCGACCGGCGGCAGCUGGCCCACGGCAGUAUGCUUGAGGCUCGGCGAUGUCACGUCCAUGUACCUCGGAGACUCGUCCGGUGGGCUCUCUGUCUACACUGCAUCUAGUCGGUAUUUGGACCGCCAGGUCGAGGGCGCGGAAGGGCAGCUAAAGCUCAAACGGCUCUACUCGCAUUUACACACACUUGGUAUCACAACCGUGCUCGUCAUUUCCGAACAGAAUCUGCUGGUGACACUGGGCUUUGACGACAAGGCGCAGCUCUGUGACGCGACCUCGGGUGUGAUUGCAAUUACGAUCGACAAUGCACCGCAACACUGCCGGUUCCGAAGCUGCGACUGGGACAAAGUGCACCGCGAGCUCUUCUUUGUCGACGAUGCGGGUGUCUUGAGCAUCUGGAGUCUCGACAGCGAGACAUGCAUCAAGCGCGACGUGCUUAGCGUCCCAGCGACCAACGUCUCGGUGUUUACCGGCUCGAGCGGUGGCUACCUCAUGGUGCAAGGCGCGUCAUCCGCAGCCAAGUUUCGAAUCGUGCGCGACGCCACGUACAUCGAGUGCCAAGGGCACACAGACGCCGUCAUUGCGGUCGUUGCGAUCGUCCCUGACGAGGGGUCCUAUGUCCAUACAUCGGGAGCCACGGUCUUCUCUGCGUCGCUCGACAAUACCCUCCGCUGCUGGGAUCCGUACGACCUGCACGUCUUGUAUGGGUUUCAAGAAAAAGCCUCCGAAUUGAGCGCCAUGGCGUACUCACCCAUGCACCACCGGCUCCUCACUGGCAGCGACGACGGCACACUCAAGCAGUGGAACGUCGACAACGGCCAUUACUCGGCGGUCUCGCAACACAAGAACACGAUUAGCUGUAUCACUGUGGCAGCCGUCGAUGGCAUCGAGUAUGUGUUUACGGGCGACUACAAUGGGGUCUUUUGGAUCUGGGAAAUGAUGACGGGGCACGCGCCGCCGCUUCCCCACUGUGGGGUCCAGACAAAGGAGCGGGCAACGCCAUGCGAGCUCUACUGCAUGGCUUUCAACCACGGCCUGUACUUGCCCGCCGCGCACGCCGAGUACCUUGCGAUUGGCGACAGCCACGGCGACAUUAUGCUCUACGGAUUCGAUAAUCAGCGGCUCAUGAUCACGCUGAGCAACCACCAUGAUGCGGUGACGUGCCUCGCUUUUGACGGCAGCUUUCUCUUCUCGGGCUCGGAAGAUGCGAGCAUCAAGAUUUGGAAUGUGCUGGAUCCGCAUGCAGCGUACGAAGUCGGGUACCUUCACGCCCAUGCGUCGCCGGUUCGGGACUUGGUUGUUUUGCCGCAAACCGGCUACGUCGUCUCGUGCGCCCAUGACGGCAAGGUGCGCGUCUGGAACUACCAGGUCUGCGGCCCCAACGGCGAGUACGCAACGCUCGUCCACGAGUUUCGAAAGCCAGAACGUCUUCACUGUUUGGUCUACUGGCCGCAACGACACGCGCUGGUUUGUGGCACAAGUGACGCGAACGUGCUCGUCUUUGACGUCCCUUCUCACCUCACCACCGCCGUUCCUUCGACAAACGAUGUUCAAGUUGAUAACUCGAAACAAUGACAAUGUUCUGGU